GGGCUAAGGCGUGUUGUCACUUUGUUUGAUAGUAUCAAGGAUUUAGUUGCCAAAAAUGACCAGAGAUAUGACAAUGUUGACAAUGAUACUAAUGGCACUGUUGACCAAGAUCAGCUACUAUAUGGGUACAGCAUCCUAGUGAGAACUUUGCCGUGGUUUUUGAAGAAAACCACAGACAUGGAGCAUGAUGACUAUGUGUGCAUGCUGAAGAUGCUUAGGCAAGGGGUUGAUGGCACCUGGGGAGAUGAUACAUCAAAGCUAAAGACUCUUGUUUCAGACUGGGUUAAUCUCGCAUUCAAGCCAACUCCCCCAGUCGAUCCCGAUGACAAACAUUGCCAUGGAUUCAUCAAUGAUGCAUGUGGCAGAUUACUAUGCCCGACUGAACUUGACUGGAACAACCCAGCUGUACAAGCAGGGAUUCGAGAUCAAUCAGAAGGCUAUGUGGUGAUGGACCUUUCUUUCCCAGUGUUUUUGUAUGAAAAAUACACUGCCAAUCCUGAUGAUUUGGAGGAAGGUAUCUUUAAGGGAAAAAUUUUGCUGCAGGCCUACAAAGCUGCCUUUACAUCCCCAUCCUCCGCAAAAGACAUUGAGUGUGACAGCGAUGGCGCAGAUGUAAUUGAGAACAACAAACACGCUAAGAUGGCAUUCUCAACAAUCAAAGUGCAAUUUGCACUUUCAUCUGUUACCUCGUGGCGCUCGAUCAACGGUGACUUUGACUACACCCAAUUCUGGUGGACUAUUGUGGAUUUCUUUGAAAAGCCUCCCAGUCAAGAUGCUCGGCGCAGGGUUGAGCGACUCCUCAAGUGGUGGACAAGAAAAGUUUUUGGAAAAAAACAUUGCAGUGAGCUUAGCAAUGCAGCGAAAGCUAAUAUGUCUGUGAACACUCUCGCAAGGCAGAGGGCCCAGCAUGAUGAUGCUGCUUUUGAUUCUUCUUAG